AUGGAAAUAUUGUGGAAGACGCUGACUUGGACUCUGAGCCUGGUGGUGAUGGCUGCUUCUGAAUUUCAAGGCGUCAACAGACUUUCUUACAACUCUCAAGAGGAGUUCCUGUCCUACCUGCAGCACUACCAGCUGACGGUGCCGGUGCGGGUGGACGAGAACGGGGAGUUCCUGAGCUACACUGUGAAGCAGCAGCGGCCGGGCCGGCGGCGGCGGGACGCGGCGGAGCCCUCGCCGCCGCCGCCGCCGCCGGCCCUGUUCUACAGGCUGUCGGCCUACGGGAAGCACUUUCACCUGAACCUGACGCUCAACCCCCACCUGGUGUCGGGGCACUUCACCGUGGAGUACUGGGGCCGCGAGGGGCCCGAGUGGCGGCACAACGCGGUGGACAACUGCCACUACGUCGGGUUCCUGCAAAACCAGCACAGCACCACCAGAGUGGCACUCAGCAACUGUCAGGGCCUGCAUGGUGUCAUAACAACAGAGGAAGAACAGUAUUUAAUAGAGCCUUUAAAGAACAAAUCUGCCACCGCCUCCAGUGAACGGAACCUGGAAGAAGCACAGCAACAUGUUAUUUAUAAAAUGUCUGCCAUUCCCUCGCCGCAAGAGCAUAGCCAGGAGUUCAGCUGUGGCAUUUCAGACCUCAUCAAGAGCGGCGCGCCGUGCCAGCUCGGCGCCCCCCCUGCCGCCGCCGCCCAACCGCCCCCAGCCCCCCACGACCACGGCGAGCAAUCGGACGGCGCCCGCCGCCGCCGCCGGCGCUCCGUCAGCGCCGAGCGCUUCGUGGAGACGCUGGUGGUGGCCGACAAGAUGAUGGUGGGCUACCACGGACGCAAGGACAUCGAGCACUACAUCCUGUCCGUGAUGAACAUUGUUGCCAAACUUUACCGCGAUGCCAGCCUAGGAAAUGUUGUGAACAUCAUCGUGACGCGGCUGAUCGUCCUCACCGAGGAUCAGCCGAACCUGGAGAUCAAUCACCACGCCGACAAGUCCCUGGACAGUUUCUGCAAGUGGCAGAAGUCCAUCCUGUCUCACCACGGCGGGGGGAACAGCAUCCCGGAGAACGGCGUGGCUCACCACGACAACGCCGUCCUCAUCACCCGAUAUGACAUCUGCACCUACAAGAACAAGCCCUGCGGUACUUUGGGCUUGGCCUCGGUGGCUGGAAUGUGCGAGCCCGAGAGGAGCUGCAGCAUCAAUGAAGACAUCGGCCUCGGCUCUGCUUUCACCAUCGCGCACGAGAUUGGCCACAAUUUCGGGAUGAACCACGACGGGAUCGGGAACUCCUGCGGCACCAAAGGCCACGAGACGGCCAAGCUGAUGGCCGCCCACAUCACAGCCAACACCAACCCCUUCUCCUGGUCGGCUUGCAGCAAAGACUACAUCACCAGCUUUCUCGACUCAGGUCGGGGGACGUGUCUGGACAACGAGCCUCUUAAACGAGACUUCCUGUACCCGACGAUGGCCCCGGGGCAGGUGUACGACGCAGACGAGCAGUGCCGCUUCCAGUACGGGAGCUCCUCUCGCCAGUGCAAGUACGGGGAAGUGUGUAGAGAGCUCUGGUGCCUUAGCAAAAGCAACCGCUGUGUAACUAACAGUAUCCCGGCUGCAGAGGGGACUCUGUGCCAGACCGGCAGCAUCGAGAAGGGGUGGUGCUACCAGGGGGAGUGCGUCGCCUUCGGCACCUGGCCUCAGAGCGUGGACGGAGGCUGGGGGCCGUGGUCCUCGUGGGGGGAGUGCAGCAGGACCUGCGGGGGCGGUGUGUCCUCCUCCAUGAGGCACUGUGACAGCCCAGCCCCAUCUGGACGAGGCAAAUACUGUCUUGGAGAGAGAAAACGAUACAGAUCCUGUAACACUGACGCGUGUCCCGCCGGCUCCCGGGAUUUCCGAGAGAAACAGUGCGCCGAUUUUGACAGCAUGCCUUUCCGCGGGAAGUACUACAACUGGAAGCCUUACACCGGGGGUGGGGUGAAGCCCUGUGCGCUCAACUGCCUGGCCGAAGGCUACAACUUCUACACCGAGCGCUCCCCCGCAGUCAUAGAUGGCACCCGGUGUCAGGCGGACUCUCUGGACAUCUGCAUCAAUGGAGAGUGUAAGCACGUGGGCUGCGACAACAUCUUGAGCUCUGACGCAAAAGAGGAUCGAUGCCGUGUGUGUGGAGGGGACGGCAGCACCUGCGAGGCCACGGAGGGACUCUUCAACGAAUCCCUGCCCAGAGGAGGCUACAUGGAGGUGGUUCAGAUCCCAAAAGGAUCCGUUAACAUAGAGAUUAGAGAGGUCGCCACGUCAAAGAAUUACAUCGCUUUGAAAUCCGAAGGUGAUGACUAUUACAUCAACGGAGCGUGGACCAUCGACUGGCCCAGGAAGUUCGACAUCGCAGGGACCGCCUUCCACUACAGGAGACCCACCGACGAACCCGAGUCCUUAGAGGCCCUGGGAGCCACCACUGAAAACCUGGUCGUCAUGGUCCUCCUUCAGGAGCAUAACCUGGGAAUACGCUACAGGUUUAACGUGCCCAUCCAGCGCACGGGGAGCGGGGACAACGAAGUGGGCUUCUCCUGGUACCACCUGCCCUGGUCUGAAUGCUCAGCCACCUGCGCUGGAGGUUCCCAAAACCAGGAGGUGGUCUGCAAGAGGCUGGACGACAGCUCGGUGGUGCAGAACAGCUACUGCGACCCGGACAGCAAAACCCCGGAGAACCAGAGGGACUGCAACACCGAGCCCUGCCCCCCCGAGUGGUUUAUCGGUGACUGGUCAGAGUGCGGAAAGACGUGUGACGGUGGGAUAAGGACAAGGACAGUCCUGUGUAUCAGGAAGAUCGGUCCUGCUGAGGAGGAAACACUGGAGGACUCCCACUGUCUGACUCACCGGCCAAUCGAAAGGGAGUCCUGCAACAACCAGUCCUGCCCGCCAAAGUGGGUCACCCUGGAGUGGUCAGAGUGCACACCUAAAUGUGGCCCAGGGUUCAAGCAUCGCAUCGCCUUGUGUAAGAGCAGCGACCUGACCAAAACCUUCCCGCCCGCCCACUGCCCGGCCCACAGCAAACCUCCGGUCCGAAUCCGCUGCAGUUUGGGCCGCUGUCCUCCGCCUCGAUGGAUCCCCGGGGACUGGGGACAGUGUUCGGCGCACUGCGGCCUGGGCCAGCAGAUGCGGACGGUCAUGUGCCUGUCCUACACCGGUCAGCCCUCCAACGAGUGCCCCGACUCCCUCCGGCCGGCCACCAUGCAGCAGUGCGAGAGCAAGUGCGACGCCACGCCGGUCUCCAACGGCGACGAGUGCAAGGACGUGCACAAAGUGGCGUACUGCCCACUGGUUCUGAAGUUCAAGUUCUGCAGCCGGGCCUACUUCAGACAGAUGUGCUGCAAGACCUGCCAGGGCCACUGA